AUGUCGGAACUCACCGAAGUCAGUCAAAAGAAGCGCAAGCUGCAGGACGGUCCUGAGCUUGAAAUCGAUGUCUCUGCACCCGAGCCAGUCUCAAAAAAGGCCCUGCGCAAAGCGAAAAAGAACAAAGGAGGCGAUGCCGGUGAUGAUGAAAAACCCAAGUCCAGCAAGUCCAGCAAACCCGAAUCCAAAGAAGCCGAAACAGAGGGGAAGCGGUCCCAAUAUGGUAUCUGGAUUGGAAACCUAUCGUUCAACGUCACCAGAGAAGAGCUGCGCAUGUUCUUCACAGUCAACUCCGACAUCUCCGAGUCAUCUAUCACUCGAAUUCAUCUUCCCAAGGGACCCGAAAGAUUUGGAAGGUCCCAGAACAGAGGCUUUGCUUAUGUUGACUUUACCGACAAGAAGUCCUUGCAAGAAGCAAUUGGCCUAAGCGAGCAGCUCAUGACCGGUCGCCGCGUGCUCAUCAAGGAUGCAAACAAUUUUGAAGGUCGCCCUGAAAAAUCCGAAACCCAAGAGAAUUCUGCGGGUGCGGCCAAGUCUGGUCACCCCCCCUCCAAGCGAAUCUUCGUCGGCAACCUGAGCUUCGAUGUGACCAAGGAAAACCUCGAGGAAAACUUCGGCAAAUGCGGGACUGUUAACAACGUGCAUAUGGCGACUUUCCAAGAUACCGGAAAAUGCAAGGGUUAUGCGUGGGUGGAGUUUGAAGAACUCGCUGCCGCAGAAGCAGCGGUGAGAGGAUUCAUGUUGAUCAAGGAGGAUGACGAGGAAGAGGAUUCCUCCGACAGUGAUUCCGACUCCGCAUCCGAGAAGAAGAAGAAGUCGAAGAAGCUCAAGCCCCGGAUGCAAAGAGUUUGGGUGAACCAGCUUAUGGGCCGCCGCAUGCGAAUGGAGUUUGCCGAAGAUGCGUCUACACGAUACAAGAAGCGCUUUGGAAAGGAUGCCGAGAAGAAGGAUGAACCCGCUAUCACCGAAGUCGAUGGCGAAUCACGAGAAAGACCCCGACACAAGAAGAGACGUGAAUCCAUCGAUGAGUCUCGCUACUCCAAGGAAACCGUCCAGAAGCUCAGUGGUGCCAUUGUAGAGGGCCAAGGUCAGAAGACCACAUUUGACUAA